GUGUGUGUGUGUGUGUCGCGCGCAGUAGAACUUGUAGAGACAGGAGCAGGACAUGGCAGAGCGCGCGCAGGCUGCAGUGUGAAAGCACCAUGUCUCAGGCGAUCUGCUGCACGCUGGUGAAUUGUACCUGCGACAGUUUCAGACCGGGGAAACUGAAACGUCGUCAGUGUGAGAACUGCAGGCACGGAUGGGUCGCUCACGCUCUGAGCAAGCUGAAGAUGCAGCACGUGUAUGACGGCGGUCAGGUGGAGAUCGUUCACUCCAACGUGGUGUUUGAUAUCUGCAGCCUGAUGCUGUACGGGACGCAGGCCAUCCCCGUGCGCCUGAAGAUCCUCCUCGACCGCCUCUUCAGCGUCCUCAAGCAGGACGAGGUCAUCAAAAUCCUCAACGCACUCGACUGGACGCUACAGGACUAUAUACGGGGUUACGUCCUGCAGGAUGUGGCUGGCAAAGUGCUGGACCGCUGGGCCAUCAUGACCUUCGAGGAGGAAAUUGCGACCCUGCAGCAGUUCCUCCGCUUUGGAGAGACGAAGUCCAUCGUUGAGCUGAUGGCACUGCAGGACAAAGAGGGGCAGGCGGUCAUCGUGCCGACAGUUCGAGCAAACUCGGACAUCCGUAGCUUCAUAGAGAGCAGCAUGCAGCGUCCAUCAGUGCCACCCACGACCGAGCCUCUAAGCAGAAACAACGGCCACCACUUUGAGAGUUUAGUCCAGAACAUGACCUUCAUGCUGCCUUUGCAGUUGCUCAACUCUGUCCCUGCACCGCUGCUCAGGUCCAGAGCAGAUUCUCGCCAGCAGGAGACGCCGGCACGACAGGAAAUUUCAGAUUCAAACCCAGACACCUCCUCUCACUUUGCCUCUGAUGCAGAAAGAGAAGAUUUACCCAUGGAGAGAUCAAGCACCAAUAUAGAGUCGGAUGACUUCACACUGAGCGAUACAUAUUCCUCACCCUCGACACCUUGCCCACCCUCGAUCAGCUCGGAUAUUGCCCAAGCGUCGCCAGAGUCCAAAAUCCGUUCAGGAAUUGGGAUGAAAAAGGGCCGUGUUUUCUGCAGUGCCUGUGAAAAGACCUUUUAUGACAAAGGAACCCUGAAGAUCCACUACAAUGCUGUUCACCUCAAGAUCAAGCACAAGUGCACUAUUGAGGGAUGCAACAUGGUCUUCAGCUCUCUGAGAAGCCGCAACCGGCACAGUGCCAACCCGAACCCGCGCCUGCACAUGCCCAUGAACCGAAACAAUCGGGACAGGGAUGUGAGGGAUGGACUCGGGGACGAGGCUGAGAAGCGGGACCUAAGCAGGUCCGUCUCCAACUACAUAAGCAACUCCGAGCCCAAACUCCACAGCUCUUUUCCAAGCAUCAGCCACAGUGGGAUUGUUUUCCCGAACCUGAAGACCGUCCAGCCGGUGCUGCCAUUCUACCGUAGCCUGGUGACGCCUGCUGAGCUCGCCAACACACCCGGCAACCUGCCCUCCCUGCCUCUACUGUCCUCUUCGUCUGUGCCUGUAAGCAUAGGAGACAUGGAGAGCAACACUGAGCCAGUGCCCAAGAAGAAAUCCCGUAAAUCCAGCAUGCCCAUAAAGAUAGAGAAAGAUGAGCUGGAGGAGCGCAGCAGCUCAAACGAUGAUGAAGAUGAUGAUGAUCCUCCUGCAAGUAUGGAAUCUGCGACAGACUGUGUAGUGAAGACAGAAUGUGAUGAGAAUGGUGUUGUUCAUCCUUCAAUCCAUCACUCUGUCCUCACCAAUUUUUCUCAUACAGAAGAGCCACAAACGGAGGACAAACACCAAGCCCAGGGGUGCAGUCUCACCCACUCCCCGUCUUCCUUCAGCAACAUACAAAGAGACUUAAUUGAUUUUGGGGAACAAACCCGCAGUCAUAACUUGGAUCUCCGUCCUACGGCUGACGUGGCAUUGAGCAGCACACCCUGCAAGUCAGAGGUCCGCGCAGACGCCGAUGGUGACCUACAGAUUGUGUGUGCAGAUGAUGAAGACGAGCUGCUGCAUCACUGCGACAGUUGCAAUAAAACCUUUAAAAACUCCUACAGCGCCAAAAUGCAUUACCGCAGCGUCCACUUGAAGGAGAUGCACGUGUGCACCGUAGCAGGCUGCAACGCUGCAUUCCCGUCCCGCAGGAGCAGAGACAGACACAGUGCAAAUCUGAAUUUACACCACAAGCUGUUGACCAAAGAUCACUACGUCUUCACUCCGUCCUGCAAAGACAUCACCACUGAUUCUCACCCUGAGUUCCCUUCUAAAGAUCAUCUGAGCCAGACGUCUGUCAUCUUCAAGGGUACAAACUGCACGGGCCUCGUGUUUCCCAUGAGUAAAUCCUCUGAGAUCGUCGAGGAUCCAGUGGAGGACGAGGCCGUGUUGGACCUAAGCACCCGAGGAAGUGGUCACUCUUCUUCCUGGGACUCGGACGCAGGGAGUGAGGAGGAGCUCCCCCUGGAGGACAGCGACGAGAACGAGAGCUGUGACGGGCUAAACUCCAGUGCGGUGGGUCACGGGCAGCAGGUCAAUAACUCUUCUUCACCUAUCACCUGUCACGUCUGCCAGAAGGUUUACAGCAACAAGGGCACAUUCCGGGCGCACUACAAAACCGUGCACCUUCGGCUUCUGCACAAGUGCAAGGUACCAGGGUGCGACACCACAUUCUCGUCAGUCAGGAGCCGCAACCGGCACAGCCAGAACCCGAAUCUACACCGGAAUCUUCUGACAAACAACAGCACCGUCAGUCAGGAGUAAGGAUGAACUCUGAUUUUGAGAUGAACCCUAAUCAGGAGCACUUGUGUGUAAGUGGAAAAAAGCACAGGCCUUCAUAGAUUCUACCUAAAAUGCACAAUGAUGAACUGUUCCAUGGGGAACAGAAGUGUUUUUUCAUCCUAUGCGUAUUAUAGACAGCACAGUUUGGUGUUUUACUACAAAGGGCAAACCUUCAAGUAGCCAAGUUUUCAUUGAAUUUAGAUAUAUAAUGUGAAUAGUGCUCUGUAUAACAGAUCUCAAGAAAUGAUUGACACUGGGCAAUGCGCUCACAUUAGACAAAACACUUCCGCCUGUGAUUAACAGCACAGGAAACGGCUUAAUGCCGAAUGUCCAAGCUAUGACAUUCCCUAAACCCUAAACCCUAAAGCCUGGAAACAGUAAAACCACAUUGGAGAGGCUUGACACAGUUGUAUGACUUUAUUUCAUAUUCUACUAUGUUAUUUAUUCCACUGCAGUUUAAAUCAGUAGAGAAAGAGGUUCAGCUCAGACUUUUUAUAAAUAUUUGUUGGAUCCUUUUGCAAUUAACCCUUUUAUUUUUUCUAAAAAUACUUUUAUGAAAAUGUGGCUCGUUACAACAAUACGUCAUGUAAAGUGGAGGAUCGGAAUCUUAUCUAGACGUGAAGCAGAAGUGUGUGAGGUUUAAAAACUUUAUUACUAAACACUAAUCACUUAAACAGCUCAAUUCCAACACUGUCAGUGUUUAUUACUGAAACGGAAUUUCAGAAUACAGCUGAUUAAGCACAUGAUUUUAUUGAAUAAACUCCGAGUACAAAUAACGACCUGCAGGAAAUACUCAGUACUUAACUAGCACAAAUUAUUAUUAUUAUUAUUAUUAUUAUUAUUAUUAUUAGCGCAAUUACAGCGGCAUGACAAUCAUUACAUUUAUGGAAGUGUUAACCAAAACAAAGUUUUAGUUGAACUUAAAAGGGCAAGCAACCAAAACCUGGCAGUCAGGCUAACAUGC